AUGAGUUUUGAUGAAUAAUGAAGUAUGGUUCUUCCUCUCCUUCUCGACCUCUCUCUUCUUCUCUAUUGUCUUCUUCAUUCUAUUUCCUGCUUCUCUUCUAAAUUCUUUACUGAAUCCCUAAUUCUUCCUUUCUAAUCUCCAUUUCUGGUUUGGUUGCAAUCAAUUGGUAUCAGAGCUUCUUUUCUCUUGAUCUGUGGUACCAAUUUCAUCAAAAUCCCCAAAUUGCAUUUCUAUCGCCUCUGUCUAUCCUGUAAACCCUACAAACCCGAAUCAAGAUUCAUCAGUAUAGAAGCCAUGGCUGAAGAUACAGAUUUUCAAGAACUACAAAGAGAGUUCUCUGAAUUCCGGAGAAAACAUGAUGCUGAUUUUGCAAAUUUGGAGGAGAGGUUGUCAUCCAUGGAGAAUGCUCUAAGGACAGCCAUAAGGAAUGCUCUGAGGGAGGGGUUUUUCAUGAUACAAGCAAUUAAUGACGGAUGGAACUCACCGGCACCGGAGGUCGGCCAAACAUCCCAAACCCAGAUUCAUACAACUCAGGGCCAGAUUCAUGAUCAAGAUUGCAAUAUUUGAGUUCUCUAAGAGGGGGAAAGUAAGAAUUGUGCCUCCUGCAUUGAGGAAGCCACCUGGCGAUGGGAGUAAGUCAACACAACAGAUUACUCCACAUGACAUUCAUGACAAUACAUAUGAAAGGGGUUUUUUUUACUCUCUAUGAAAGAUUCUUUCUUCCUCAAGAGUUCCUCAUCCAAAUCUGAAUAUCGUUGGUUGGAUUUCUUGUUACAAAGGGAAGGUAACAUUGUAUCACAUUUCCUUGACUGGAACUUCUACUUUUUCAUAUGAGAAUGAGGAAAGGCAAAAACUUCUUUUGAUAUCACUGCAAUCUUGACAACUAUAAUUAGUAGAAGGUUGAUAUGAAAAGGAAAAAAAAGAAAAAGUGGAAGUAGAGAGGGAAAGAUGAAAAUGUAUGUGUGAAGGAUACCUGAAAGGGAUGGGUUUUAUUAGUUUGGUUUUUGUUUUACAGCAGGUUCUCAAUUGAUUUCAUCUGCACCAAUAGGACAAAGGAUUGAGAACAAUAUAGCUAAGAUGGGUAUUGUUUUUUUACCCUUUGUGAUCAAUUAUCAAUUAGCAUGAACUCUAUGUAUAAUGAGAAUAAUCUGCUAUCCUUGAUUAUAAAUUAUCCAUUAAUGGAGCACAACUUAUUCUUUUCUUUUGUUCCCCACUUGGAUUUCUGUGAUUUUUUUUAUUCUACUUAGCUUCCUUCAUGGUCCUAUGGUUUUGUUCUAUGAUUGUAAAUUAGUUAUCCAAGAUGGAUGGAUGAUAAGUUACACGAUGAAUUAUUUUAAUAAUUAUCUCGAGGUGUUUUAGUUCUUGUCAUGUGCUAAUAAUUAUUAAAUUUUACUUUUUCCUGGUGAUAGAUAUGACUAGGAGGGGGAAGUUCCUUAUGCCUUCUGCUCUGAGAAGGCAGUUAGGCCAUGGGAUUAGAGUAACAGAAAAGAUGACUGCUGCAGGUUCUCAAUCCAACACAUCCCAAUAGCAAGGACAAGGAUUUGAUAUUGACAAUUGAAAGAGGUAG